CGAUUCAAUUUCCCUUUGAGACGGAUAUGUCCAUUGCUCAAAAGCGAUGCAUGAGAUUGUCGAUAUCGCUUGAUGAUUGUGUGGAGAUGUGAAUCACUCUAAACCAUCUUGCCAUCUCUCUUUCUUCUUUCUUAACCAUAUCCCCUCAAUCAUCCCACCCCGCCCUCAAUAAUGGUGUCCUCUCAAUUCAGCGGUUUGUCCGGCGUAUUCGGUCGAAUGUCAGCAUGGAUAACGGAAUGGACACCAAUGAUCUUGCUUAUUUGCUAUUGCUUAUUCAGUUUCUUCAUUUAUCCUCUUAUGCCUGCCUUGGUUCAUGAGAUUAUUUGGUUCACUUUGGUUGGAUUACAAACUUUGACUUCGUUAUCAGUUUCAACGGAAGCUAUGCAAUCCAUUCGGCCUGCGAUCAAGGCUAGAAGGGAUAAACGCAGAAUGGAUAAAGAAGGCUGGAAAUUAAAUCCAGGAGAAGAAUGGCCAGAAAUCGAUGUUAUCUUGGUGGCUUAUUUACCCAACGAACAAGAUAUCAUCAUGCGUCAAGUUCGUUAUGCAUUAACAAAAAUUGAUUAUCCAGCGGAUAAAUUGACGAUCAAUGUCGUCUACAACACGCCAAAACCCAUUCCAGGAAUCGAAGCAGAAUUGGCCGGAUUGGAAAAUCAAUAUGACAACGUUCGCGUGAUCAGCGUGCCAAAUUCUCGCAGUAAAGCCGAGAAUAUCAAUUAUUUCCUAACUUUACCUUCUCGUGGCAAGAUCAUUACUGUGUAUGACACUGAUCACUUUCCCGAACCAACUGCUUUACGUUGGGUUGCCAAACGCUUCUUGACCGGUGAAGUGGACAUCAUUCAAGGUCGUUGUUGUACAUACAACCAUACAUCCACUUGGCUAACGAGGAUGAUCGGUGUGGAAUUUGACAUGAUUUACGGUGUUAUGCAUAGUGGUCGUGCAGAAGUACAACGGUACGGAUUCUUUGGAGGAAGUAAUGGUCAUUGGAACGCCUCUCUGCUCAAAACUCUUGGAAUGCAAGGUCACAUGUUGACAGAAGAUAUCGAUUCUUCCAUGCGCGCCAUCAUUUCCGGAGCACGUAUCGAGUAUGACCUGCAUGUUUUGUCCUACGAACAGGCCCCCGAAACCAUGCAAGCAUUUACAAAACAGCGCCUUCGUUGGUCACAAGGUUGGACGCAAGUCGCCAUGAGACAUUUCAUUCCUGCUUGUACACGUGGUGCAUACAGUGAUGAUAAUGGAUGGCGAUCACGGGUUGGUUUGUUGCAGUUAUUGGUUUACCGUGAAAUUUAUUUUUAUAUCAACACUCAAUUGUUCUGGUUAUUGGUUUCGGGUAUUUGUACAAAUAUUUUUACCGAAGGUGUUCAAACUUUCUUCAAGAAUUUUGGUGGAUAUCACUUAGCCAUGUGGGCUUUGGGUAUUAAUCUGAUUUGUUUAUUCUUAACGAUGUGCAUCGUCAUGCGCAAUCGUUCCCAUUUCACUAAACCGUUUAGUGUGAUCUUGUUUGGAUUUUUGACUUCAUUUUAUUACGUUUUCAAUUCGCAUAUGGCCAUUUAUGCACAUUUCCGACAAUUUACCAAUUACACAAAAUGGAAUCCAACAGCACGUGGGAAGUGAUAGAAAAAGGGGUUUGUU